CCAGUGUCUGCCUUUGCUGUACAUUCCAUUGCGUUCAGAGUGCACUACACACUUAUUUCCUGGACAUGUAUUCCUGCUGACGGACAUCAGAGGGACUCUGUGAGAGAUGAGCAGGACACCUGGAGACAUUCUCUGUCGGGCUCUGGAAGAUCUGGAGCAAUAUGACUUCAGGCGGUUUAAGUCCAAGUUGUCUGAUUUCUCCUGUGGAGGUCGAGACCCCAUCCCACGUGGGUGUCUGGAAAAGGCAGAUUGCAUUGAUACAAAAGACCAUCUCGUAAAAGUAUAUGGAGAGGAAACAGCUCUGGAAGUGACCGUAGAGGUCUUACAACUGAUCAAUCUUAUGGGACCUGCUGAGGAUCUCCAACAGAAACUUACACAAACUGUGACAUUACAGAAGACGUCUUCAGAUGCAGCACUUGAAGACUGCAGACUCCAGUAUAUGAAUGACAUGAAAGAGAGAUACUGUCGUAUAGAAGAUGGAAAUGCAAGGUUAGGAGAAACUGUCAGUCUGGAGAAAAGAUUCAUCAGUCUGUUAUUGAUAAAUAAGUAUCGGGAUGAAGAUCAGAGACUGCAUGAAAUAAUAGCUUCAGGCCGGAGACAUCUACAGAUUAUGGCAAACAGAUCAUCAGAUGAGUAUUCCCCAACGACUAUACAGGCUCUGUUUGAUCCUCAUAAAGAUGGAACUAUUCCCAAGACUCUGGUGUUACAGGGACCUGCUGGGAUAGGAAAGACUAUGACAUCUCAGAAGAUCAUGCUGGACUGGGCCUCUGGGAAUCUGUAUCAGGACAAGUUUCAGUUUGUGUUUUACAUAAGUUGUAGAGAAGUCAACACCAUCAAUUCCGAUAUAAGCCUGGCUAGGUAUUUAUCCAUCUUUUGUGGACUGAGGUGUCCAACUUAUUUGCUGCCAUCAAUCUUCCGUCACCCUGAAGGAAUACUUUUCAUUUUUGAUGGUUUUGAUGAAUUAAAAUGGUCAUCAGUAAAUGAUACAGAGGUUUGUGAUGAUCCAUUUAAGGAGGUCUCCAAAGAAAUCCUUCUGUACAGUUUGCUUAGGAAAACACUGCUCAGUGGAAGCUCACUAAUCAUCACCACAAGGCCGCUGUCAUUGAUGAAGCUGAAGCGCCUUGUUAUAGAUCCCCGAUGUGUGGAGAUUCUGGGGUUUACAGGGGAUCAGCGUGAGGAAUAUUUCUAUCAUUUCUUUGAAUCCAAAGAACAAGCAGACCUGACAUUUGGUUCAAUUAAGGACAAUGAUACUCUGUUUACCAUGUGUCUUGUCCCUAUAACUUGCUGGAUUAUAUGUACUGUAAUGAGACAGCUCCUUAAAGAGGGAUUAUCUAUGAUUGAGUGUAAGACAUCCACAUCCAUUUACCUGUUGUACCUAAAGGGUUUAGUAAAGUAUCACGGAAGGGACGCUGCCCAGUCUAUAAGCACAUGUAUACAGAAGCUGUGUGCUUUGGCCAAUGAAGGAGUUUGGGACCAGAGAAUUCUUUUUGAAGAAGCAGAUCUUGAUAGACAUGGACUCUCUGUGUCAGAGCUGGAGUCUGUCUUUUUAAAUGAGAACAUCUUCCACAGGGACAUUGGGAUCCACACCUGCUACAGUUUCAUCCAUCUGAGUGUGCAGGAGUUUUUUGCUGCUCUCUACUAUGUCCUGGGUGAGAAUGCUGUGAGCAAAUUGGUCAACUUACAAAGCAGAAAUGUGAAAGACUUACUGGAGGCAUCAGAACAUCAGCCACAUCUAAACCUAACUGUACGAUUCCUAUUUGGCCUUUCAGGUGAGAAACAAAUUCAGGAGACUCAAAGAACCAUUGGUUGUCCCAUUUCCUUCACAGAAAAACACAUUUUGGAGGAAUGGCUGAAGACCAAUACAUCACACUACCAUAACACAAUACUUUCCUGCCUGUACGAGACACAGGAUGAGGACUAUGUGGAGACAAUGAUGUCUCACUUUCUUAAUGUGAAUUUUAAAUGUGACAUCUUUGGUGACCAGGAGAACACUGAUUUGCGAGCUGUAGCCUACUGCUUGGAGAGAAGUACAACAAAACAUAAGGUCCUCAUUGACAGAUACAGAAUAGGACCACAUGAUCGGAAAGUUCUAUCGAAAGCACUCUCUGAGUGUCACACACUUCGUUUCAGUUACUGCCAGUUUCCCGAUAACAAGAAUGGUGUGUAUCAGGCUGGAUCCAGUUUAUCAGGGAUGUUUACACACUGUCAGAUGGAGGAACUAGAGUUACAGAACUGUUAUCUGACCCCAUCCUGCUGUGAUGAUCUCCGCUCUGUUCUUACUACAAACCAUUCUCUGACUAGACUGGACCUAUCAGCGAAUUAUCUGAAGGACUCUGGAUUAAAACUUGUGUGUGAGGGACUGAGACAUCCAGCCUGUGCCCUCCAGGAGCUCAUGUUGCAGAACUGUGAUCUGACCUCCUCCUUCUGUGAUGACCUCCUCUCUGCUAUUACUACAAACCGCUCUCUGACCAGACUGGACUUGUCACGGAAUGCCCUGGAGGACACUGGAAUAACACGUCUGUGUGAGGGACUGAGACACCCGGCCUGUACCCUGCAGGAUCUUACGUUACAGAACUGUGGUCUGACCUCCUCCUGCUGUGUUGAUCUCCGCACCGUUAUUCCUACACACCGCUCUCUGACCAGACUGGACCUGUCACAGAAUCGUCUUGAAGACUAUGGAAUAAAACUUCUGUGUACGGGACUGAGACAUCCAGCCUGUGCCCUACAGGAUCUUACGUUACGUAGCUGUCUUCUAACCUCCGACUGCUGUGGUUUUCUGCGCUCUACUAUAACUGUAAACCGCUCUCUGACCAGACUGGACCUGUCAAGGAAUUUUCUGCUCGACUCUGGAAUAGAACUUUUGUGUGAGGGACUAAGACAUCCAGCCUGUAUCCUGCAGGAUCUUACGUUACAGUGGUGUGGUCUGACCUCCUCCUGCUGUGAUGAUCUCCGCUCUGUUCUUACUACAAACUGCUCUCUGACCAGACUGGACCUGACAGGGAAUGAUCUGCAGAACUCUGGAAUAAAACUUCUGUGUGAGGGACUGAGACACCCAGCCUGUGCCCUACAGGAUCUUACGUUACAGAGCUGUUAUCUGACCUCCUCCUGCUGUGAUGAUCUCCACUCUGUUAUUACCACACACCGCUCUCUGACCAAACUGGGCCUGUCAGUGAAUGCUCUGGAGGACUCUGGAAUAACACGUCUGUGUGAGGGACUGAGACACCCGGCCUGUGUCCUGCAGGAUCUUAUGUUACAGGGCUGUCGUCUAACCUCCGCCUGCUGUGAUGAUCUCCGUUCUGUUAUUACUACAAACCGCUCUCUGAUCAGACUGGACCUGUCAGACAAUGCUCUGGAGGACUCUGGAAUAAAACUUCUCUGUGAGGGAUUGAGACAUCCAGCCUGUACCCUACAGGAUCUUAUGUUACAGUGGUGUGGUCUGACCUCCUCCUGCUGUGAUGAUCUCCGCUCUGUUAUUACCACAAACCGCUCUCUGACCCGACUGGACCUGACAAAGAACAAGCUGCAGGGCGGUGUAAUAAAUCUUCGGGGGGGGCGGGGGGUGUAAGGUCUCUGCAGCUUCUGGUGUAAGUUUAUGGAGUUACAUCCACUAUAUGUGUUACAUUUUAAACUGUAUUUCUACCUGCACUGAAUGUGAGAUAUGUAUUACCCGUAUCUAUACAUUUGGUUUGUAUAUUGUUCGUGGCAUACUUGUUUAUUCUCCCGAAAUGACCGGGAGGCUCCUCAAAAUCGGAUGGCACACCCGGCCUCCUGGUAGAGUGGUCAAGUCUCCUAGCUGGGCGCUGUCAUUCCAUACAAUUCCCAGCAACACCCCAUGCCACUGUCUGUAUUGGGCAGUCUGGGGGAUUCAAAUGAUGCGAUUUGCACUGAAUUACUUCAUCAUGGCCCCGCCCCCUGUCUCUCAAUUCCGGUAAUCCCGGCAUUGUGUUGCAGGGGACGGGGCCACAGUUAUGCAAUCACGUGUCCACGCCCCAAAGUUCCAACCCUAUGCCGUGUCAUUUACACCACCACACCCCCUGACACCGUGCCACACCCACUCCUGUUCUAACCUGGCUGCCCCCUCCCACAUGGGGCAGCCAGAAUAUCAGCAAGUAUGAGUGGCUAUAUAUGUAGGACCAGAUUAACAAUGGGGCAGAUGGAGGUCUAGGCCUCAACAUUAAAAAAAAAAACCAUCAUUAUGACAAUAUGUAAUCAACUGCCAACAGCUGGCCACACGCCUGUUCAUAAAUCAUAAGUACAAUUGUAUUUCUAUUUUCCUAAUGAAAUGAUGCAACUUUUAUACCUUUGCGUGUUUCGGGAGACUAUGUGGUUGAUAUUGUAGGGGAUGUACACACUCACAUGGCGCUGGCCACACCCACAUAGCACUGGUAACAGGAUUUCCCCUUCUCAAUACAGGCCCUUGAACAUUUUCAGCCUCAAGCUCAUAUGUUGCCUGUAUAUGUGAGCAGGAUCUGUCACCUCACAAAUAUUGUUAUCUACUGUAGCUCUUUUGUAGACAUUACAGCUGGGUCUCUUAUGAGAUAUACUGUAUUUCAAUUUUCCAUAGUUACUGCCAGAAGCAGCUCCUGUUUUGGAUAAGGGGGCUGCCACUGCCGCUACCCAUGCUGCAGAGGAGAGGAGAGGAGAGAGAAGCCCAAGCAGGCAGCCGGCCAGCCGUUUCCCGAUCCCUGUGCAAUGCAUCUGGCAGGUGCCGGGUACAAGCGCAUGCACACAAGCGGCAAUUUGACUGCGCAUGCGCAAAACCUCUAACCUUUCUAUGGGCUGCAUCAGCUGCAACCCAUAGAAGCCAAAUUGAGCUGACUAUCAGGCAGGGAGUGGCUUCCUACUGGAAGCCUGCUCUUUGCUAACCAGGAUUAAACACCUCCAAUGGAACUGCUUGUACUGUGGGUGACUGGCAGGUAGCACUUCCAAUAGAAAGUCACUGCCAGUCACAGAGUAGCCAUUGAGCCAGUGCAGUCACAUAGUGGCUGCAAAUGGCUCAGCUAAGCUCAGUGAAGUGGCAGAUUUUACUGGGGGGCUGCAUAGGUAAAAUCUGCCACUAGUUGCUAUUGUCACUGGGCGUGUUCUGUCUUUCUUUAUCCGUUUAGCAUUGGACAUAUUUAGAAUGUGCUUAUUUCAAUUAGCUACACCAGAGUUUGUACAUUGGGAAAUAGCUGCUCUGUAUAAGGUGUCAGUAGCAGAUUUCCCACUAUCUGCCUUGGGUAUAUAUAUGAGGCGCUGGCAUUUCUAUAAUGGGUGCAGUGUGUGGGGUGCACAUGGGCCCCUGAGUCCAGAGGGGGCCCCCACCGCACACGCUGCAACUAUUUUAAAAAUAUUCACCCCUCCGUAGUCCAGCGCCGGCACCUGCAGCGCUGUUAAAACACUGUGAAAAUGGCUCAGUUGCCAUUUUCAUGGAGUUCUGUGUAUGCGCAGUAGAGAAAUCUCAGGGAAAAUGGCCGCCUCACCAUUUUCCUGGAGAUCUGCACAUGCGCAGUAGAGAAAUCUCUAGUGCUCAGACUCUCAGCACUGCUGGCAGAGAGGAGGAUACCUGAAUGGAGGAGGCUGAACACGGCCUCCUCCUCUCUUAAAGCGCCCCUGACAUGAGGUCCACAUGGAGGCACUCUUCUCUUUAAUUACAUGGAUGUAAUGACACAGGGACAUUUCCCAUCAGACAUCACCCUGUGAUUCUCCUGUAUAGGACUUAGCAGAUCUUUACACCUCUUUUUAUGUUUUUAAUAGUAAAUAUUUUUACAAGUCUGUGAUAAUGCUUCACUAUUUGAUAUUGAUUAACCCUUCAAUGCCUUUAUUUGCUUAACCUGCUCCCCCUUUUUCAUCUCCUUACCUUGUUUUUUUCUUUCUGUGCCCGUGAUUUAAACACAAUAAAAAUGUUGAGGAAAAAAGACAAUGUGAAUGUUGAUCGCUGCCCGC